AUGCGUCUGGCAUUUGGCUUACGACUCCUUGCAGCAGCAGCAGUCGUCUCAGCAUGGCGGCGCAUGUUCCCUGUGCCCCCCUCGUCGGAUAGCUUCUAUCACGUCCCCCGCCUAAUCAGCAACUACGCCCCCGGCAGCAUCAUCAAUUACCGCCUUGUACCAAACGAUGUUGGAGCCUUUGGCGUCAAGACCAAUCUUGCUGCCGCGUACCAGAUCCUCUACCGCACCAACGACGGCAAUGACCAAGCCACGGCUACCGUCUUGACCGUCCUCAUCCCACCCAACGCAAAUCACAGCGCCGUGUUGACCUUUGUCAUGGCCGAAGAUGCCGUGAGUAUCGACUGCGCACCAUCAUACGGCAUCCUUCUCGAGUCGGAGCUGCUCCGUCGUACGAAUUCGGCCACCACCCAGCUGCAGCUGCUGCUCAUUGAGGCCGCCAUGGCUCAGGGCUGGGUCGUCAUCAUCCCGGACUUUGAGGGGCCCCAGGCUGCGUUUGUGGACAGCAAGCUCGGCGGCCAGGCUACCCUCGACGGGGUCCGCGCCGCGCUUGCGUCCGGGUGGCUCACCAAUAUCCAGCGCGAUGCUACCCUGACUCUCUGGGGCUACUCGGCCGGUGCGAGCGUCGCGCUCCAGGCUGCUGGCAUGCGGCCGACCUACGCGGGCGAGCUCAACAUCGCUGGCGCUGCGCUCGGAGGCAUGGCCUCUCCGAGCCUCUCCUUGUCCAUCUUCACCGACAUCAACAAGGGUCCUCACGCGGGCUUGAUUCCCGUGUCGCUCAUCGCCUUGGGCAGGGCAGACGCCACGUUUCAGGCCUCGCUAGACAAACAUUUACGUGCGAGCGCUAGGAAUAAAUUCUACCUGCCCACGAAGCAGUGUCUGGAUGCCAACCUCGCAACCUUCAACAAUGCCGACAUCUUUGCCAUGUUUGAGUGCUGGGACUGUGUGGUGGCGGAUCUUGUCACUGCGAUUGGCACGCACCACGAGCCCACUCCCGUCCCGCGCAGUGGUCAGAUCUUUGUCUACCACUGCGUGCAUGAUGAGCUGAUCCCCAUUGAUGGAAUCGACAAGCAGGUGCAAGAUUUCUGCCGGGACAGCGCCAUUGUGCACUACCAGCGCGAUAAUGGCCCCAACUUGAACCACCGCAACUAUGGUGUAAUAGGCGCGCCGCACGCCAUCGAGUGGCUGCGAGGCAUCUAUAAUGGCACUACGAGGCAGACGACCUGCUCCCAGGAGACAGUGACCUCGGUAGAUCUACCAGAUUGGUUCCUAGACACGUACCCAAACAGAGUUCGUGAUCCGCUCGUCAAGCUCGUCGCUGGCGCAACCAAAUGA